AUGCCGUCUCCAAAACCCGCCCAAUCCGAAUGUCGUUUCUCAACUCGGAUCUCAAUCCGCUGGCUCCCAGACCCACCGUCAGAAACAACAGAUACAAUUGUCAUGUCCGUAAAGGACUGGUACCUGGAUCUCCGAAUGGAGAAGGAAACUGGCGCAGUAGACUGGGCCAUUGCCGGGCAGCGGAUUGUCGAGAGCCAAGAGCCUUUACGAGUAUCAUUCUCACACGAACUUGACUCGCACGAUGCAUUUGAAAGUGUUGAUUGUGGGACUUUUGUGACGCUGCCUAAUGGUGAUGAUCUUGAAACGGGUGUCAUGCCUCGGCCGGAUUUACCUGGUGCGCCUGAGUGUGCGUAUGAAGAGGUUUGGAGGGAAUUGGCGUUUCGAACUGGUCCCGAGGGCAAUGGUGGGCUUUCUUGGGUUCUUGAGUCUGAUAGUGAAGGUCGGGAUGGGGAUGAGAGUGAUGAAGGGGAGGUAACGGUUGUUAAGACUUUCCUGGGGCGAAUUUGGGGUACAUAUCUGGCUUUGCGGCAGACUCAGACUCAUAGACGGUUGAAGGAUCCUUCGGGUGGAUCUGUUGUCAAGAAAUCUGGUGCUGCUGUUAGCGCCAGGAGGGAGGAGUGGGAGAAUGGGUGGAGAGAGAAGUAUGUUGUUGGGCAGGAUGUUAGGUAUUUGCCUUCUAUGAUUAAUGGCUUUGCUGGAGAAGGGCGUUGGAAGGUUGGGGAUAAAGUGAAGAUUAAUGGAGGAGAGUAUAUUGUGAGGGCAUAUGAGAAUCUGGGUAUUUCUACUAAGUUAUAA